CAUGAAUUAAAACUUCCGUGGUUAAUUUAGAAGGACACCUUGUUAACCUAAACGAAAGGUUGCAUCGAACCCCGCUUAGGCUAAUUGUGUAUUUCUAGUUGAUUUAUCACAUUCGCCUUCCUCGAGAGAUAAUACUACAUUUCCCUCAAAGCUGCGAUAAGAAGAUGGCUCCACCUACUAGAAAGGUCAAGCCACCAUUGUCAACAGGGCACGCUCUUCGGGAGCCAUCCGACUACCAGCGGUGGAACUCAGACUUGAUUGAGUGCUUACGAGAAAAAGAUCUGCUACGGUAUAUUAUGAAAAACGUUUUGCAGCCUAAGAGUAGUACCGCCGCGAAUCGCUGGGUUUCUCACCGCUUCAACGUCAUUGACAUUAUAAGACUUUCGCUGUCGCCCGCGAUGCAGGAAAAGGUGCGCAAAUCUGGGGGAGGGGCGGCGUUAUGGGCCACUUCUCCGUCCGAGGCCGACCCAAAGAAGGUGUAUGAUAUGAUCCGGGAGUUGAUGACUCAAGAGGGUAAAGAAAACAAUUGCGAUAAGGAGCCUCCGGAAUCAAGCACCACCAUAAAAGACUGGACCAAGAAAAUCGAAGUGGCAGAACCGGAAAAUGUCGACGAGGAAUGGACAUCUGUUGACCAUUACUCUAAAGCACCGCCAACUGAGUCAAUUCAGGAUCGUGUAGUGCGCGUGACAAACGACCUACGCGACCUAAAAGCCUACUACGACAUCGAGGGCUCAGUGUCCCGGAACAAGCGGCUUGAGGAGUUCUACAGAGAUGAGCUAGCUGACCUUGAAAGGCAACCAUUUGCUUCAUAUGCCUCCCAGGACGACCGCGUUGACUACUUGCUGCUCCGGAAUUACUUACGCCGCGCGCAGCGCACUCUCGAACUAGACGAGGCGCGUGACGCCAAACUCGUAGGCAUCCUUGGAACAUACGCCACUAUCAUCACCGCAUGGUGUGAAGAGCGCCGUCGCGCGGUGUCUGUCGACCCAAAGGCGGUGGCUCACAACCUCCACGAAGCAUUGAAACAAGUCCAGCUAGCACGGGAGCACAUAGUCCAUAACGUCAGCAAAUACUCGAGAGCCACGGGACACCGAGCUGCGCGCAGAAUCGCCGCACUACGCUCAAAGCUCACUGAGACGUACAACUUCUACAACGAAUAUGACCCAUCGUUUGACUGGUGGGUAACGGAGAUGUACGAGGAUCUCAGCAAGGCCCUGGACAAUCUUGUCGAAUUCCUGCGUGAAGUCCUGGUAGGCAUCAAGCCCGGCGGCGAUAGCGAUGCCAUCGUGGGAGAGCCUAUCGGCCGGGACGGUCUGCUCAGCGAUCUCGAGGCAGAGAUGAUACCCUAUACGCCCGAAGAACUGCUACAGAUCGCAGAGAAAGAGUACACGUGGUGUGAAAGAGAGAUGAUCAAGGCGUCCGAAGAGCUCGACUUCCAUAAGGACUGGCGCAGCGCUCUCGAGCACGUCAAAGACCGGUAUGAGUCACCAUCCACAUACCCGGCUUUCAUACGGUCUCUCAUCGACGAAAGCGCUGCCUACGUCAAGAAACAUGACCUGGUGACGGUGCCGCGCAUCGCGGAGGAGGCGAUCCGCAUGACGAUGAUCGGCGCGGAGCAGCAAAAGGUGUCGCCGUUCUUCCUAGGCGGGACCACGAUGCAGAUGGCGUACCCGACGCGGGAAAUGCCUUACGACGCUAAGCUGAUGUCAAUGCGGGCUAACAACCGGCACUUCAGCCGGGCGACGGCCUUACAUGAGAUGAUUCCAGGGCACCACCUGCAGGUCUUCAUCGGCGAGCGUCAUCGCCACUACCGCCGCCCCUUAUUCGACACGCCCUUCUACGUCGAGGGCUGGGCGAUGUACUGGGAGAUGGUGCUGUGGGAGCGCGGUGACUUCUUCAGGGCGGCCAGGGACAAGGUCGGCACCCUCUUCUGGCGCAUGCACCGGUGCGCGCGCAUCCUAUUCUCGGUGCAGUUCCACCUCGGCCGUCUAAGCCCGGAGCAGUGCGUCGAUCUACUAGUCGAGAAAGUCGGCCACGAGCGUUCGACGGCCGAGGGCGAAGUACGGCGCAGUCUCGCUGGAGAGUAUUCCCCGCUCUAUCAGGCGGGGUACAUGCUAGGUGCCUUACAGAUGAUGAAGUUGAGGAAGGAGGCGUUGGAGGAGGGAAAGGGGGGACUGCGGGAGAAGGAGUUCCACGAUAUAAUCUUGAAGGCUAAUACCAUGCCUAUCGAGAUGCUGAGGGCGUUAAUACUGGACACGGAGCUUAAGAAAGACUUUAAGUCGGAGUGGAGGUUUUACGAUAAGUAGUAGAAAGCGCGCCGUGUAGUAGAUACUCUCCAUACGGAGUAUAUACGUCUACCUUUCUAAUAACCGAGUACUGACGCAAGUGUACCAAUGUGAAAAUUCAUAUGACUUACCUAUAACCCGUAUA